AUGUUUUCCUUAACGCAGCGUUUUCAGCAGACUUCUAACCAAGCGAUUACAUGCGCGUCAGUCGUCUCCAUCUUCAUCAUUGCCACGUUCUGGGCUCAGCUAUACCACAAUAACGUAUUUUCGCUGUCAUCACAAAUCGCCAACGUCAAACCUCAAAUCAAUCUGAGAACCAGCAGGUUCUAUGGGUCUGUGAAUGGAAAGCCAAAGGAGAACCUCAGAAUCGCAUUUGAUUUGGAUGCUGAUCUAACACCCUUGUUUAAUUGGAAUACGAAGCAGGUGUUCGUCUACCUUACCGGUUCCUACAAUGACACAAAGUCUUCAUCUAUAUCAAGUGAAGUCACAUUUUGGGAUAAAAUCAUCACGGAAAAGGCUGACGCACAUGUUAUUUUGAAGAAUGUUAAAUCCAAAUAUGCCAUUUGGGAUGCCAAGGAUAAGAUUUCUGAAAAGGAUUUGGACAUCAAGCUUCAUUGGAACAUCCAACCGUGGGUAGGUACACUGGUCUAUGGAGAAACCACUGGAGAAACUUUGAUGACUACUCCUGCGUACAAGAAGAACUCUGCCAAACAGAAAGCACCGCAAAAAGAUGCUAGCAACUGA